AAGAGAUCGAUUAUCAUAAUGAUCACCAUACCUGCAAACAUUGCUGAUAGGAAAAAGGCCAGUGCGGAAAACCAGCAGCCAGCAAGCAGCACGGCUAAACGCCUGUCGUCCAAUGAACAAAGCAGGAAUGACGUCGGCUAGCUAUCCCUUCCCGUCGCCCUCGCACACAUCGGAGACGGCCACUGGUCCGAAGGUGUACGGAAACCCUCCACCCCUCAAGCCAGUCACAAUCAUGGAUCUGCUUCGGUUUCGGGACCCUUUCUUUGGUAUCACGCUCCAACGGGGCACGGCGGACCAGCCGAAAGUGUAAAGGAUCAGAUAAGGUAAGGGUGUCUGUCGCCCUUUUCUGUUUUAUGAUAUUAACCGGCGGUUUUGGACAGGGUGUCUCGACUGGUACGGCAGCUGGUCCGAAAGGCGUUUUGGAGAGGUACCCACGUAACAUCACUCACGCCGAAUGGAGAUGCAAGCAAGCCAUGUGGCUCUCUCUCUCUCACAUGUGGGGCUGUUUUGUGGCAUCGGUAUUGUUAACCUUCGGCAGAUGGCAUAGCUGCCGGGGGAGUAAGGGCGGGAUGUGGCGCACGGUUACAACGUCUAGAGUGUUAGAAAGGGAGCCGGCCACCAUCGCGAGCAGAAGUACUCGGAUACGCUUUGGUGAGGAAAUCCGCCAAGCCCACCCACACAUAUCCGGGUACUUCUGCUCGCGAUGGUGCGGCCUUGGUUGGUAUCCUUCAUCUAUCGGUGAUGGAUGCUUGGCCGAAGGUAUGCGAAUGGUAGGGUUGCAUUACGUACGUGCCUGCCUGCCGAAUGUCUCGUGGUUUGAACAGCAUGGCUCGCUAAUGUAUGGCCUUUUGGUGCAUUAUGCUCCUUCUCCAAAGAUCCAAGGGAAUAAGACACAGAUUGUGCCUUGUCGGCCGACGGAUGUAUUUGCCCCCCUUAGUCGUCUUUGUCGAUGCAUCACAAACAAGUCUAGCGAGUCGUAUCGCCUACCAUGCUCUUCUUUUCCUCAUGCAAAGACAAAAAGACAAGCGAACAGAGAAACGCAGAAAGAGGAAAAUCAGCAUGCUGAUCUGUUGUUAUGUCUUCUCCUCGGAUGGCGGCCGUGACGCCGCGAGCGGUGUUGCAUUCAUUUCGCCUCAUCGCCCCAAGUAUGGACAUUGGAC